AAAGGAAGUUCCGGCUGGAAGCUUUCCUGACUCCUCUCUAGCUCUUUUAUCACACAGCCUUCUCCUAGUCUUGCUCGAGUUUUGCUUCCACUUCUUAAAAGCUUUAAACAUUCCUUAAAUCCUCCUUGGCCACCUAUUUAACUAAAGCACCUUUACGCUACGGGUCGCCAUUCGGGUCAAAGGCAAAGGCGGCCGGACCUGAAACUUCAGCGCUAGGCGUUACCAUAGAGAGGAAGCCACCUCUCUGGGCUGAGAUUACAGUCUCUAUGGUUCAACCCGGCCGGUGGCGGUAAGGGGGUGGGGGGGUGGGGGGGUGGAAGAAACACAGUGAGACCUCACUGCGCAGGCGCAUUUUGGUUUCUCACUUUUUUUUUUUUUUUUUUUUAAUCCCCGAACCAAGCGCUUAACCUCAUUGGGGUGGAGGAGAAGGCGGUGGCUGUCCGGUCCGCAGCCGCAACAGUAGUGAAUAAUAGAACUAAUGGACUGCUGAAUUAUGAAGUAUUUCAGACCCAGUUGUAGAUCAUCACUCCGCCACUCUCUCCUUUAUCGCCUACUAGUUAUUUAAAUUGGACUUUUAAUAUCCUACCAGCUGCUCUUCAGACACACAUGGUGCAUUGCUGCCAUUCCCGGGAUUGCAUCUUUGAAACAGACGCUCUUAGAAGCCUUCAGCAAACAAAGAGGCCACCUCCCGGUAAGGCUACCGGGAGGGAGUCAUCCCGACUGCCCUCUAGCCUUGGCCAGAUCUGGAUUUGAAUCCUACCAUGGAACCUCGAAUGGAGUCCUGUCUGGCCCAGGUGCUGCAGAAGGAUGUGGGGAAACGGCUGCAGGUUGGCCAGGAACUCAUAGACUAUUUCUCAGACAAACAGAAGUCUGCUGAUCUUGAGCAUGACCAGACCAUGUUAGAUAAGCUUGUGGAUGGACUCGCUACCUCUUGGGUGAACUCUAGCAAUUACAAGGUGGUUCUCUUGGGCAUGGACAUUCUGUCGGCACUGGUGACUAGACUGCAGGACCGGUUCAAGGCGCAAAUCGGCACAGUGUUGCCAAGUCUAAUAGACAGACUGGGAGAUGCUAAGGACUCCGUGAGGGAGCAAGACCAAACCCUGCUGCUAAAGAUCAUGGAUCAAGCUGCCAAUCCCCAGUAUGUGUGGGACAGAAUGCUCGGAGGCUUCAAACACAAAAACUUCCGCACAAGAGAGGGCAUCUGCCUCUGCCUUAUUGCAACACUCAAUGCCUCUGGGGCCCAGACUCUAACACUAAGCAAGAUCGUGCCACAUAUAUGUAACCUACUGGGAGAUCCCAACAGCCAGGUUCGAGAUGCAGCAAUAAACAGUCUGGUGGAGAUUUAUAGACAUGUAGGUGAGCGUGUGCGGGCAGACCUCAGUAAGAAAGGGCUGCCACAGUCCCGGUUGAAUGUCAUUUUUACAAAAUUUGAUGAAGUCCAAAAGUCUGGAAAUAUGAUACAGUCUGCAAAUGAUAAAAAUUUUGAUGAUGAAGAUUCUGUUGAUGGCAACAGACCUUCUUCUGCCAGCUCCUCAUCGUCCAAGGCUCCAUCAAGUUCCCGGAGGAAUGUUAGCAUGGGGACCACCCGUAGGCUCAUGUCAUCCAGUCUUGGAUCUAAGUCUUCAGCUGCCAGAGAAGGUGCUGGUGCUGUGGAUGAAGAGGAUUUCAUCAAAGCCUUUGACGACGUCCCUGUAGUGCAGAUUUACUCCAGCCGAGACCUCGAGGAAUCUAUAAACAAAAUUAGAGAAAUUCUGUCAGAUGACAAGCAUGACUGGGAGCAGAGAGUCAAUGCUCUAAAAAAGAUUAGAUCGUUACUCUUGGCUGGGGCUGCUGAGUACGAUAACUUCUUUCAACACUUGCGUCUUCUGGACGGAGCCUUUAAACUCUCUGCUAAGGACCUGCGGUCUCAGGUAGUGCGGGAAGCUUGUAUCACGUUGGGGCACCUGUCAUCAGUUCUGGGAAAUAAGUUUGAUCAUGGAGCUGAAGCCAUUAUGCCAACUAUCUUUAAUUUAAUCCCAAACAGUGCCAAAAUUAUGGCUACUUCUGGCGUUGUGGCUGUUAGGCUAAUCAUCCGGCACACUCACAUCCCUAGGCUGAUCCCUGUCAUAACCAGCAACUGUACCUCCAAGUCCGUGGCAGUCAGAAGGCGCUGUUUUGAAUUUUUAGAUUUGCUUUUACAAGAAUGGCAGACACAUUCACUAGAAAGACACAUAUCAGUAUUAGCUGAAACAAUAAAGAAAGGAAUACACGACGCUGAUUCUGAAGCAAGAAUAGAAGCCAGGAAAUGCUACUGGGGUUUCCACAGUCACUUCAGCCGGGAAGCAGAGCACCUGUACCACACUUUGGAGUCCUCCUAUCAGAAGGCCCUGCAGUCCCACUUGAAGAACUCGGACAGCAUCGUGUCUCUGCCCCAGUCAGACCGAUCCUCUUCCAGCUCUCAAGAGAGUCUCAACCGGCCACUUUCUGCCAAAAGAAGUCCCACCGGCAGCACUACAUCCAGAGGCUCUACAGUUAGUACCAAAUCUGUGUCAACAACAGGAUCUCUCCAACGAUCUCGAAGUGAUAUUGAUGUGAACGCAGCAGCCAGUGCCAAAUCUAAAGUCUCCUCAUCCUCAGGAUCCACCGCCUUCAGCUCUGCAGCAGCGUUGCCUCCAGGAUCCUAUGCAUCCUUAGAGUCCAGACACAUGAGGGAAGACUUGGAGUACGUAGGCCUGGAUGCAGGUCGGAUCCGCACGAGACGGCAGAGCUCUGGGAGCACCACCAAUGUUGCCUCCACACCCUCCGACAGUCGGGGCCGCAGUCGCGCCAAAGUGGUUUCACAGUCUCAGCGAUCCAGAUCUGCUAACCCUGCUGGUGCUGGCAGCCGGUCAAGCUCCCCUGGGAAACUUUUGGGAAGUGGCUAUGGUGGACUUGCUGGGGGUUCUUCAAGAGGCCCACCGGUAACACCAUCUUCAGAAAAAAGAAGCAAGAUCCCCAGGAGUCAGGGAUGUAGCCGAGAAACAAGUCCUAACCGGAUUGGAUUAGAUCGGUUUGGGCUAGGCCAGUCAGGACGAGUCCCUGGUGCUGUGAACGCCAUGCGAGUCUUGAGUACCAGCACAGACCUGGAAGCUGCAGUGGCCGACGCUCUGCUGUUAGGAGACGCCAGGAGCAAGAAGAAGCCUGUGAGAAGGAGGUAUGAGCCCUAUGGAAUGUACUCUGAUGACGAUGCCAACAGUGACGCCUCCAGCGUGUGCUCUGAGCGCUCCUACGGCUCCAGGAACGGGGGCAUUCCCCAUUAUCUGCGGCAGACUGAAGAUGUAGCAGAGGUUCUCAACCACUGUGCCAGUUCCAACUGGUCAGAAAGGAAAGAGGGGCUCCUGGGCCUGCAGAACUUACUGAAGAGCCAAAGGACACUGAGUCGAGUAGAAUUGAAGAGACUGUGUGAGAUUUUCACCCGAAUGUUUGCCGACCCUCACAGCAAGAUUGCUGAUUCAGAAGCAGAAUGUGAGGAUAAAGAAGGAAAUUUGUUUCCAUCAGAAGGCUCUUGUCCAAGAGUUUUCAGCAUGUUUCUGGAGACCCUCGUGGAUUUUGUAAUUAUUCAUAAGGACGACUUGCAAGACUGGCUCUUCGUUCUUCUCACACAACUACUUAAGAAAAUGGGAGCAGACCUACUUGGAUCUGUGCAAGCGAAAGUUCAGAAGGCUCUAGAUGUCACCAGGGAUUCCUUUCCAUUUGAUCAACAAUUUAACAUUUUGAUGAGAUUUAUUGUGGAUCAGACUCAAACUCCAAACCUCAAGGUCAAAGUGGCAAUCCUGAAGUACAUCGAGUCUCUGGCCAGACAGAUGGACCCCACAGAUUUUGUAAAUUCCAGCGAAACAAGACUUGCUGUUUCUAGGAUCAUAACAUGGACUACAGAACCAAAGAGUUCAGACGUGAGAAAGGCAGCACAGAUCGUGCUCAUCUCUCUGUUUGAACUGAACACUCCUGAAUUUACCAUGUUACUUGGUGCCUUGCCAAAAACAUUCCAGGAUGGUGCCACCAAACUCCUGCAUAACCACCUCAAGAACUCCAGUAACACCGGUGUGGGAUCUCCAAGCAAUACAAUUGGCCGGACACCUUCCCGACACCCCAGCAGCAGGACCAGCCCCCUGACCUCACCCACCAACUGUUCCCAUGGGGGACUCUCUCCAAGCAUGCUGGACUAUGACACGGAGAACCUGAACUCUGAAGAGAUCUACAGCUCUUUGCGUGGAGUUACAGAAGCCAUCGAAAAGUUCAGCUUCCGGAGCCAGGAGGAUCUAAACGAGCCAAUCAAACGAGAUGGCAAGAAAGAUUGUGAUAUCGUAUCCAGAGAUGGGGGAGCAGCCUCACCUGCCACCGAGGGCCGGGGAGGUAGUGAGGUAGAAGGAGGCAGGAUGGCUUUGGACAACAAGACCUCCCUGCUCAACACGCAGCCUCCACGUGCCUUUCCGGGGCCAAGAGCACGGGAAUACAACCCGUAUCCCUAUUCCGACACCAUCAACACCUAUGACAAGACGGCUCUGAAGGAAGCAGUGUUUGACGAUGACAUGGAGCAGCUCCGAGACGUGCCCAUUGACCACUCGGACCUGGUGGCUGACUUACUGAAGGAGCUAUCUAACCACAACGAGCGUGUGGAGGAGCGGAAGGGCGCACUGCUGGAGCUGCUCAAGAUCACCAGGGAGGACAGCCUGGGCGUGUGGGAGGAGCACUUCAAGACCAUCCUGCUGCUGCUGCUGGAAACUCUUGGAGACAAAGAUCAUUCCAUUCGAGCUCUGGCACUGAGAGUUUUACGGGAGAUUCUGAGAAACCAGCCAGCAAGAUUCAAAAACUAUGCAGAACUGACGAUCAUGAAGACUCUGGAAGCCCACAAAGACUCCCACAAGGAGGUGGUGAGAGCAGCUGAGGAAGCUGCAUCCACACUAGCCAGCUCAAUCCACCCAGAACAGUGCAUCAAAGUGCUGUGUCCAAUCAUCCAGACGGCCGACUACCCCAUCAACCUUGCUGCUAUCAAGAUGCAGACAAAGGUGGUGGAGAGGAUCACCAAGGAGUCCUUGCUGCAGCUCCUCGUCGACAUCAUUCCCGGCCUGCUGCAGGGUUACGACAACACCGAGAGCAGUGUACGGAAAGCCAGCGUGUUUUGCUUAGUGGCAAUCUAUUCCGUAAUCGGAGAAGAUCUGAAACCUCACCUUGCACAGCUCACGGGGAGCAAGAUGAAGCUGCUGAACUUAUAUAUAAAGAGGGCCCAGACGACCAACAGCAACAGCAGCAGCUCCUCUGAUGUGUCCACACACAGCUAGUGGCCGUGCCAGUCUGUGCAGAACACACAUUGGUGGUGCCUCUGAGAAGCUCCAUCAGCUGCCCAGUCCAUUCAAGGAGGCCGCACAUAACUUAUUACAAUCAGUAUUUUGGUCCCUUCCAGCUUUUGUGUAGAAUUUUGCUGGUAUUGAAUGUAACGGAAGCAAGGCCUAUUCUGCAGUCUCCCUAGAAACAAGAGGACUGAGAAAUGAAGAGCCAUACUUAAACGUGUCUUGCACCACCUGCUGACAUCAACCAAACCAUGGAGGGCACAGUUCUUAGAAAGCAGAGCUCUCUAGCCAGUGCUUGGUACACAGUGGCAUAUGUUUCAGUUCAUACAGACUUGGGGGUGCUUUGGGGCAUUGCUGUGUGCUGUUUAUGCUUAUGUUCUUAGAGUGUGGUUAGAUGGGACAAGACCCCGUCCUGUUUUCCACCUGACAGGAGAAAGGUUGUGUGUGUCUUUAGGUCGUAUCUUAGAGACUCUGAAAGUGGAACUGAAGUCUAGGCAAGAAAAAGACAACCAUCUGGAGCUAGCCUAUGACAGACAUGAGGGCUUGGCUUCUCCUGCACAGGGAGCCAACUUCCCUGCCCUUAGGAAUAGAAUCAGUAAUGCCACCAAAGUUUUCAUAGUUGCAUUAAAGAAAAGGUAACUGUAAAACUCCAUGAUUGGAACCAGACUUGUAUCAUGUGUCUAGGGAAGCACUGGCCAAACCUCUUGAAGCAGCCAAGGUAGAGUCUGGCUAGAUUUUAAAUAAAGUUCUUAAGCCAAAUGACAGUUCUUAAUGCAAUCAUGCAAACUUUCCUAGGCUGCCCUUGGAUUUGGUAUCCUCCUGCCUCAGCCUCCCAAGUGCUGGGGUUAUAGAUAUGGGCCACAUGCCCAGCAAAGCCUGCUUAUGGAGUUAAUUUUCGCAAAGCAUGUGCUCUUCUAUUGCAGAGCCCAAUGUAGACCAGAGCUGAAAGCAGAGGCUGUGCUGAGUUCUCCAGCACUCUGCUUCUCUGACCCUCCAAAUGAGAAAAUCAGGCCUGGUGGCUCACGCCUUUAAUCCCAGCACUCAACAGGCAAAGAGAGGUAAAUGGAUCUCUGUGAGUUCGAGGACAGUCAGGGCUACCUAGUGAGACCCUAUCUGGAAAAACAAUCAAGAGAGAGAGUGGGGGGCGGGGAGGGGAAGACCCAUGGGAAAUAGACACUGAAAAUGGAGGUCGAGUGUGUGCGUGCGUGCGUGUGUGUGUGUGUGUGUGUGUGUGUGUGUAUGUGCGUGUGUGCGUGUGCGUGUGCGUGUGUGUCUCUCGAGUGGCUCACAUAUCUAACUGUCCCACUGCUGCUGUUAGAGAACUCAGCAUUUUAAGGGAUUUGCUAUUACUGACAGACUUGGGCUCAGAACAGCAGCACCAGACCUUACUUUCAGUUAAAAAAAUAAAAAUAAAAAAAAAAAAUAAAAAACCCUGUCUGUUAAGAGUUCAUUAAUGAGAAUUCUUUUCACUCUCCACUAGGAUCUCAGUCUUGUAGCCACCACCUUGUAGACAUGUGCCACCUGGCCAGGUUACUUAGGAGAGCUCCCAUGCCUAACACAGUUAGAAAGGCCCUGCUCUGGCAUUCUCUGCCCCACUGUAACUGCACAGUUCCAGAACAUUGCCUGAUGUCCUCACAGUACACACAAAGGGCUAGCCCCGAAUGUCACGUGCCCUCCUUCAGUCUAAGUAGAGCGAAUACGAUCAUUUCUGUCUCUUGGGCUCCACCUGAAGACUGCUGCCCAAAGUGCUGAGGAGACUCGCAUGCCGCCACCACCUCAUGGAGGGCGACUGCACCCACUGCCGCUCUCUGAACCCUGACAGCUACAGCUGCCUUGCCUUGCCUCCACCUCCCCAACGGACUCUAUUCAAAGCACCUAGACCCUGAAGGACUCUUCACAGCACCCAGAACUGUGUUUGCCUCCCCUCUAUCUGACUAUCCAGGGCCUUGAAACCCCCUACCCUGGGGGACCGCUCAUCCAACUUCCUGCUUCCUGGCAAGCUGCCCCUCCCUCUGCUGGACAGGCGCUCUCUGGGUGCACUCAUGUGCUGUGCGGACCUGGUGCCCACAGAUGGCCUGGGCUCGCCUUAUCUAUGGCUACUACUAGCUUUUCAUCACCUAUGCAGGUGAUGCAACAGGUUUGUCUCCUACCUACAUCUUCAGUUCCUUUCUCUGCCCACCCUUACGGAAAGUCACACUUUAAAAGACAACAAAUUAGAACUUUAUAGACCCCCAACCAGGACACUGCUAACAAGCGAGAAAUGCUCUGAAAACAAUCAGCCACCAAGAUAGUUCACACGCAUGGUCCCUGCGCCCCCACAUUGCGUGGUGUUUGUUUUGGGUUUUUUUGGGGCUUUUUCAUGUUACAUCCAUAUCUGUAUUUAUAUCUUCUUUUGUUUCACCUCCCAAGUGUAUCAUGGCAAAUGUACAGAUUUUUUUUGUUGUUGUUGUUGUUGUUAAUAAUGUGCUAGGAUUUGCUAAAAAAGAAAAUUAAAAAAAAAAAAAAAAAAA